UCCAUCUCUGUCGGGCACGGUCUCGUCAUUCGUAAACCGACGUCUGGUUAGUUUCACCGUCGCCUGCUAUCAAACUUCAGCACGCUCGCGAUAAAAUGUUACGUUUGAAAUUCAAUUAAAACGUUUUUAUUGAUAAUAUUUUUUUUAAUUUUGGUGUUUUGGAAAAUGCAUUCGAUAGCCAAGUAUGAUGCUGAAACGUCUUCAAAACACCAAUCCAGCGGUCCCAGCUCGAAUACAUCUGAUCCUGACAUAGUGGAUGACACUCAUGAGCUGGUAUCGACAGACGUGGUUUACUUAGAUAGUGGAAUAAAAUAUUCUAAAUAUGACGAGCCGAUGUUCGCUGAGGUGGAGGAACUGCUGGGGACAUCGCCUGCGACUCGCCCGUGCACGCUAGUGUGGCGGGACCUCUCCGUGCAUAUAAAACUCAAAGAUGGAAAGUUAAAGAGAUUAGUUAAUAAUGUUAGCGGUAUCGCAAAACCAGGUACAUUGAUCGCUCUGAUGGGUCCGAGUGGAGCUGGUAAAACCACAUUGAUGACUGCAUUGGCCCACAGAAGUCCAGAUGAAACAAUAGUCGACGGGGAAGUAGUGAUGAACGGGCUCCCCGUGGACGACUUCAUGCACAAGGAGAGCGGAUACAUGCACCAAGAUGAACUGUUCGUGGAAAACCUUACUGUAAUGGAACAUCUUACAAUUAUGGCAAGACUCCGCAUGGACCGUCGCACAACACCUUUGGCCCGUCGAAGAAGAGUCAACCAGCUAAUGCGGCAGUUGUCCUUGUAUGGUGCAAAGAAUACCCGGAUUGGGGGUUUGGAUGGACAGAAGACGCUGUCAGGGGGCGAGAGAAAGCGACUUGCCUUUGCUACUGAGCUCCUUACCGAUCCAGGACUGCUAUUUUGCGAUGAGCCUACUACUGGUCUGGAUUCUUCAUCAGCGCAAAAGUUGAUGAUAUUGCUGCGAGCGAGUGCUGUACAGGGGAAGACUGUCAUCUGUACUAUCCAUCAGCCCUCGUCAGAAUUGAUGGCGCUGUUCGACAAACUCGUGUUACUCGCUGAGGGUAGAAUAGCAUUUGCUGGCAAUGCUUCUGGAGCACUCAGUUUCUUUGAGAGCCUUGGUUACCAUUGUCCCAUCACAUACAAUCCAACCGAUUACUUCAUCAAGGUGUUAGCUUUGACUCCUGGCUCUGAAGGUGCUUCAAGACAAGCCAUCAAGAGUGUAUGCGACAGGUUUGCAGUUAGUGAUGCUGCUAAAGAAUUGGAUAUGGAAAUACAAUUAGAGUUCCACUUGAUGGAUAACGAGGAUGAGGAAACAAAGCGACUUAAAUGCAGCAACUUCAAACCACCCUACCUUCACACGAAAAUAGCUUGGCUUGUGUAUAGAUAUCUACUUAUAAUUCUAAGGGACCCUCGAGUACAAUUAUUACGAAUAAUACAGAAAUUGGUUAUAGCUCUGACGGCAGGGCUGUGUUUCAUCGGAACUGCUCGCCUCACACAAUCCGGUAUCCAAGACGUCCAGGGGGCUCUAUUCAUCAUCAUCGCGGAAAACACGUUUGCUCCUAUGUACUCGGUGUUAUACAUGUUUCCCGAGGAGUUUCCGAUGUUACAUAGAGAGCUAAAAGCAGGAUUGUAUUCGACUCCAGUAUAUUACGUGGCAAGAAUGCUGGCUCUGUUCCCCGGGCUGGUGGUGGAGCCUACGCUGUUCACACUGGUAGUCUACUGGGUGGCUGGACUUCGCGGAACCUUAUACGCGUUCGGCUUCACCAUAUUCCUCUCCAUACUCGUGCUUAACGUGGCUAUCGCCUGUGGAUCAUUUUUCUCGUGCGCGUUCGGCUCCAUGCCAGUAGCGAUCGCGUACCUCGUGCCCUUCGACUAUUCGCUGAUGGUGACUUCGGGACUAUUUAUCAAGCUAAGCACAAUACCGAAAUACAUAUCUUGGAUCCGACAUUUGUCGUGGCUGAUGUACUCCAACGAAGCGAUGAGUAUAUUGCAAUGGGAUGGAGUUCAGAAUAUAACAUGUGCAGAAGACAGUGCAAGUCCCUGUUUGAGCACGGGCGAGGAGGUGCUGAUGGUGUAUGACUUCCACAUGAGUCAGUUUUGGACCGACAUCACGGCCCUCGUGGUCCUGUACCUCGCCUUCCAUCUCCUUGCGUUGCUCGCACUGAGAUAUCGCACUAGGAGAAAAUAAACAUAUAUUUUAUAACAAUUAUGCUUCAAAUAAAUAAAAUAUUCUAACGUUGUUGUUAUUAAAUUUUUCAUAUAUUAUUCAAUAUAAUAUAGAAUAAAUAAUAAGUGAAGU